AUAUAUUAAUUGUUGAAAAUAGUUUUCUUAAAAGAAAAAAAAAAGAAAGACAGACAUGUUUCGGAAAUCCGUUGCCGUGCAAACGCUGCGCAGAACAGCGACGCGCCCUGAUGACGUCACUGACAGUCCCUCCCGUGAGCACUCGCGGCGUCCGUUCGCGCGGUUCCCGGGGGCGGGGCUUUGGCUCAUCAUGACGGAUUGCCGGGUUCAGACUCUCCCUGAACAAGCCUGGCUUGAGGCUGCCCACACCUUCAUCCAAGAGGCCAUUUGUCCAACUGACCAGGAGCCUAAUGUUCAUCUGACUCAGCUGGUGAUUGACUGUGUGAAGAGGAUUUGGUGUUCCCAGGAGACGAACCACGGUUUUACACUUCCCAUCAGCUACAGCUUUGUCUCAGUCCAGAAACUCAGGAGCCGCCAUCAUCCAUGCUGUAGCCACCUGUCCUGGAGCGGUAGUGCUUAUGAGACUUGGGCCCAAGAGGCUGGGCGCAAUGGGAACCCUCUGCCUCAGGAGCAGCUGUUACUUUUAGGGACACUAACAGACCUGUCACAGGACUUGGAACAAGAGAGCAGGGAUGGAAGCCUCUUUGUGAGAGAUAACACUGGAGUCCUGGGCUGUGAGCUCUUAGGUUUGGACCUUUCUUGGCUGGGCCAUCUCUUCUUGUUCCCCAGCUGGAGUUACCUUCCUCCUGCUAAGUGGAAUUCCUCAGGGGAAGGGCACUUGGAGCUCUGGGAUGCCCCUGUGCCAGUGUUUCCUUUGACCAUCAGUCCCAACCCUCUCACACCUAUCCCUGUCCUGUACCCAGAGAUUGCAUCCCGGGUGCUCAGACACAGAAGCAAGCUCAGAGUUGCGCAGUCAAAUCUAGCCGGGAAGCUGGUCCGGUUGAGUCCUCUGGUUAGAAGUCAGCAGAAGACAUACUUCGUCCUGUCUCUUGGUGAAUCACCUGCCACUGUGGGCCAGGCUGUCAGCCAGGUGCCCAUUAUUGUUCAGAUCCCUGCCCAGCUGGUGUGGCACCGAGCCCUUCAGCCUGGUGAGGACUAUGUGCUGACAGAACUUCGAGUAUCCAGGGUCUAUGGUCACCGUUACCGUGUUUGGACGACCACUCCCUCCUCCCAUCUGAUGCUGCUAAACGCAGAAUGCGUGCAGGAGCUAGAGCUGGAGUUAGAAGGACCCAUUUUGGAGGAUGAACCCAAACCAGCCCCCAUGCCCAGCAGCUCUCAAGAGAGGAAGGGGCAAAAAGGUCCUUUCCGGAAUUCCAGACUCUUACAUUAUAAGGGAACAGUCACUGGCGUGUUGAAUGAGCCCGCUGGCCUCUAUGAGUUGGACGGGCAGCUGGAACUCUGCCUUGCGUACCAGCAGUUCCAUGGCCUCAGGCGGGUGGUGCGACCUGGGGUCUCUCUGGAGCUCCUGGAUGUUCACCUUCUCCAGUCAGUGGGUGGAGGGACAACAAGGCCAGUGCUGGCGCCCUGCCUCCGUGGUGCCGUUCUGCUUCGGGCCUUUUCUUGUCAGAAGCCUGGGACUCAGUUGUCCCACCAAGUUUAUGGGGCCUCCUUGUAUGAACAGCUGAUAUGGAAACGUCAGUUAGGACUUCCCCUCUACCUGUGGGCCAGCAGGGCCCUGGUGGAGUUGGCCUGCAAGCUAUGUCCCCAUGUGCUGAGACACCACCAGUUCCUGCAGCAUUCCUCUCCUGAGAGCCCCAGCCUGGGACUGCAGCUCCUGGCUUCUGCCCUGGAUGACCUUGCUCCACCAAGCAGCACGGUUCGGAAUAUACACAGUGAGAUCCUGGAAGAGCCGCAUCACUGUCCCCUCCAGAAAUUUGCUCGGCUGCAGACUCCCUGCUCUUUCUCCACUCUGGCCACGCUGGCAGCAGAAGGGAAGCAGAAGGCUUGGGCCUCCUUUGACCCAAAGGCCCUUCUGCCCCUCCCAGAGGCUGCCUACCUGCCCAGCAGCCAGCUCAACCGGCGCCUGGCCUGGUCCUGGUUCUGUUUGCAACCCUCUGCUUUCCGCCCGGCCCAGGUUUUACUUGGGGUCCUGGUGGCUUCGUCUCGUAAAGGUUAUCUGCAACUUAGGGACCAAAGUGCUUCUCUGCCCUGCCUGCUCCUGGCCAAGGACUCUCAGCCUGUCACUGACCCAAGGCUCAUAGGCUGCCUGGUUCGGGUGGAGAGGUUCCAGUUGGUCAUAGAGAGGAAUGUCAAGAGCAGCUUUCCUUCCUGGAAGGAGCUGGGCAUGGGAGACUUCAUCCAGAAGCAGCAAGCUAGCAGAGUUUAUGUCCAGUUCUUUCUUGCUGACGCCUUGAUCCUGCCUGUGCCCAGAUCUGCACUUCUUUCAGCCAGUGCCUCAGCAUCUCCUCAGACAGAGCUUACCUCCUUGGAGGGGCCCCGUGUAGGACAGAGCCGGCUGUUCUUGCUGUCCCACAAGGAGACCCUCAUGAAGCUGAAUUUUUGUGCCUCCCCAAGGGCCAGCAUAGAGGUGCUCAAACCCACCUUCAGUUUCCAGGUGUCAGGGAUCUGGCUUGGGGGCACCCAGAGGAAGGAGGGGACUGAAUGGGGCCCACCCGAGCCCCUGAAAGAUGUGAACAAGGAUCAGAAGGUUCUCCUCCUCUUCCUUGGCUCUUCCGUCCGCUGGUUUGCAUUCCUGCACCCAGGGCAAGUGUACCGACUUGUCGCCCCUCCCUCUACACCAACAUUGUUUGAAGCAGAGGGUUCAUCCUGCACGUCUCAGCGUCCUCUGGAGUUGGCUGCCUGUGGGUCCUGCCUCGCUGUCCAGGAUGAGUGGACCCUGGAACUUGAGAGCUCCCAGGAUGUGCCAGAAGUGCCCGGCCUACACAGGGCACUGCCUGAGUCUUCCCUGCCCAACCUGCUCAGUGGAAAUUUCACCGAUUCCUUAGUGUCUUUCUCAGCUGAGAUUUUGUCACGGACAGUGUGUGAGCCACUUCUGGGCCGUUCCUGGACAAAGCCUGGGAACACUCGGGCCCCGAGAAGGUGUGUGAAGCUAACUGUAGCGCUAGAGCCUGCUAAAUGUGAAUUCCCCCCGCACUUGGACAUAUAUAUGGAAGAACCACACUUGCCGGCCCCACUAGGGCUCCUUCCAGGAGCCCAAGUCCACUUCAGCCAACUGGAGAAGAGGGUUUCCAGGUCCCACAAUGUUUACUGUUGUUUCCAGUCAUCCACUUACGUGCAGGUCCUGAGUUUUCCCCCGGAAACCACAGUCAGUGUUCCCCUGCCCCGCAUCUACCUGGCUGAGCUUCUGCGAGGUGGACGAGCCCCUGGACAGGCUCCAUUUCGGGCCACUGUGUCUUGCCAUGUGGUUUCUGUCUUCAGCCUUCAGCUCCUGUGGGUGUGUGCUCACUGUAGCGGUGUCUGUCCCCAGGGAAGGUGCACUCGUCAGGGUCCCGCCUGCCCCACUCAGACGUCAGUAAGCCAGGCCAGCAUCAGGCUUCUGGUAGAGGAUGGGACUGCUGAAGCCGUGGUGACCUGUAAGAAUCAGCAUGUGGGAGAAGCACUCGGGCUGUGUCCCAGUGAGUGGACCUCCCUCCUAGAGCUGGCCCGAGGGCCAGGGAGAGUAGCCUUGCAGUUUACAUGGCCUGGAGCCCAGCUGGAGUCUUCAGCCAAGAUGAGUGAGCCCUUGACACUCUUCCUCAGGACACUCUGUACUGGCCCCUCUGUCCUCCGUCCUAUUGUGCUUGCGUUUGAGCUUGAAAGGAAGCCCUGUAAUAUUGCCCCAUUAGAACCUCCACGGCUCCAGCGGUUCCAGUGUGGAGAGCUCCCUCUCCUGACAAGGGUGAAUCCCAGGCUCCGACUGACCUGCCUUUCUAUCCAGGAGCCAGGGCACCCCUGCUCCCUGGGGGCCUUUGCCGCCUCCUGUUGACCUGAACUGCAAAGAUGGCCUGGAAGUUUUUCCUGCCUUCCUGGCAACCUUGAGGCCUGGGUUCCUGCUCCAUCUUCUUGUUGUGGCACCUCUCUUUCUGUUGCUGAACCUGGACCCCAUAUCUUUUGGUUGGCAAACUGCUCCCCUACUGUAAUGUAUUCUGCUGCCGGGCUUCCUGGAGCUGGUGUGGGAACAACAAAUCAUGGCAGUUGAUACUUCCUCUGAUUGGGGUCAAGUCACCUACACUCACAGGUGGCAAUAAGCAGCUGGAUUCGGCCUUUGUGCCAGUCACCAGCAGACCCAAAACCUUGCCCCUCUUGCCGGUGCCGGUCACAGGCGCUUUGGCUCCAAUAAACCUCUCUGAGGCGGUUUCUCUGUA